GCAAAGUCCAACCUUCCUGUUGACCAGAGAAACUAGUUUGAACAAACGAUUUCAUUUUAUAUUUUCCCAGCUUCGAAAACACGCUUCCCUGACCAAUCCCCAGAUUCUCGGAGAAGAGAGCUAACAAAGCCGAAGCAAAUAAUGAGCGGAGCCUUGUUCAGAAACGUCGCCGCCCAUCUCAUACGGCGGAACGCGGCGGCUUCAGAUCCCUUUGGCAAAACCGGAACAAGAUUGCAAUCGAGUCCUUAUUUCCGCUCGAAUCAGCUUUUUGGAAGAGCAAAAGAAACAAGAAGCUUCUGUUCUUCAUCGUCUUCUUCCUCUUCCGUUGGUUUCGUGGGAUGGUAUCUUGGUAUGGUAAAAUCACGCCCUGUUCUCACCAAAGGAACCACUUCUUCCCUUAUUUACAUCGCCGCCGAUUUGUCUUCUCAGACGAUUACGAUGAAGAGAACUUCUUCAGAGUCUUAUGACCUGGUGAGAACAGCAAGGAUGGGAGCGUACGGUCUAUUCAUCUUGGGUCCAGUACAGCACCAAUGGUUCGGUUUCAUGUCAAGACUCUUCCCUAAACAAGAUUUCAUCACAACUUUGAAGAAAAUGGCCAUGGGACAGACUGUCUACGGGCCUAUAAUUAUGACUAUUUUCUUAUCAUUCAACGGUUUGUUACAGGGUGAAGGCGGUUCUGAUAUAGUUGCCAGAUUGAAAAGGGACCUUCUCCCCGUGAUGUUGAACUGUGUCAUGUAUUGGCCUGUUUGUGAUUUUAUAACAUUCAAGUUCUUCCCUGUUCAUUUACAGCCUCUGGUAAGCAACUCGUUUUCGUAUGUGUGGUCCAUCUAUAUGACUUAUAUGGGAAGUAAACCAGCGGCAAAUUCAAGCUGAAACACUCAAAUAUCUUCUUAACAUUAUGUCCACACACUGCCUGUGAUUGAAAGAAGUGAAUAAACUACACAGACACCAGCCUAUUUUUGUAAUUGUACUAUUUAUUUUUGUUCCGCUCAGUACGGGGCAAACAUUCUUAGUUUCAAAUCAACUUGGCAUUCUACAAAGGAUGUAAAUAAGAAUUGUUGUAUGAGCUUAGAUCAUAUAUAUACAUGGAACCAGAUGUCAUAUAGGACAAAACAUUGAUAUACGUUUACAGUAGGAAUACUUGGAUGAGAGACGCUCAGAGAUGAUAUACGUUUCUUAUGCCGUUGACUCAAUGUUUAAGGA